AUGGUCUGCCUCAAGCACCUAUCUCUCACUGCCGCUGUCGUUUUCAGCAUGGCUCAGACCACAAUCACCGCGCCCAUCGCCGGAUUCGCGAAUGAUGCUGCCCUUGCCGAGCGCGACUUUGAUCGUGUAACGAACCCCAAAAAAGUGCAUCUUAUGCGACGCUCACCAGUUGGAUUCACACACAUGGCCAAAUUAGCCCAGCGCAACUACGAGGACACUUUCCAAGAGCGUGACCUCGAGGCGGACCUUGAAGAUCGCGAUCUUGAGGAUGAACUCGAGGCACGCGAUGUCUCCGGGCGACUCGAGAACCUCUCCAAGCUAUUCAACCUCGGAACAAAGCUGACCAAUCUCAUUGCCGCCAAACGCGAUCUGGGGGAUGACCUUGAGGGGCGCGACACCUCUAGAAGACUUGAAAACGUGGCCAAGUUGUUCAACCUCGGUACCAAGUUGACGAAUCUGAUUGCCAGCAAGCCUGAGAUCGAGGCGCGUGCUGUGAAGAUCCCAAAGCUGGUGAGCUCUCAGAGAAUUGGUGAAGGAUUCACGGUUCUUGAUAGUGCUAUGGAUUUUGGUGAAAAUCUUAAGAAAGUCAUCAUGGCCAAGAUGGGCAAGCGCGAUCUUGAAGAAUUGGAAAAGCGUGCCUUUGAAGACUUGGUCCGGGAACUCUACUUUUGA